GUCGGCUGGGCGCAGAACCGAGCAGGGCGGCGGCGAGCGGGGAUCCCGGCUCCGGCUGCUCGAGCUGCCCCCGCCCCCGCCCCGGCUCGAGGACAGCCGAGACCGGAGACCUGGGGAAUGUGCGCAGCAAGCCCGGUCCUCUGCUUGCUUCUGGGCACGGCAGCUGGGAGUGCGCCCAUCCCGAGCACGGGACCCGGGUGUAGAAGGGAGUUCAUCAGCAUUACAGCGCCUGUGCACCAUGGUGUGCUCCUGCCCUUUGUUGUUCCAGAUGCAGCUGUGGAUCCUUUAGGAGCUACUCUGAACUGGCAGACUGAAGCGGUGCAUUUGCAUUCACCUGAAGUGAUGCAUGCCUACAGAGAUGGCAAGGAUGACCUUGAGAGCCAGGCAAAGAGAUUUCGUGGGCGAACCGAGGUCUUUCCCGAGGAGAUUGACAAUGGCACUGCAUCUUUGCUGCUGAAAAAUAUAACCCAGAACGAUACGGGAACCUACCAUGGUUACUUUUUCCCCAGUUAUAAUAGCCCAUGUACUGCACUAAUCGUCCAACUUAACGUGUCAGAUGUACCCGAACAGGAAAACACAAAGACAGAAGGUGGAUGGACAGUAGCUGUGACUGUCAUUUUUAUAUUGACUAUAUGUGGGAUUGCUUUUUAUUAUAGAAAAUGGAAGAGCAGGAAAAAGAAAAACCAGGUAAGUGGAAUCGGGAGCGAUGCUCUCUCUACCUUUUGCAUAAAGACAGCGUUCCCGUCGGUGGGCUGGGAAGUUAGGACGCACUGCGUAGUGUCUGCAGGACCACUCCUGGAAGCCCCCGGCAUCUCGGUUGACAUCAGACUCGGUGAUGGAAAGCGCCUCUUGCUAUAAAAAGCGUGUGCGCAUCUGAAUAAGUGUUGAAAGGCGUACCAGAGAAAAGGAGAUCUUCCCAGUCCGUGAAGGGAAGCUGAUGGUUGCGUGGCUAUAAUAACGUGGUCUGUCACUGCUGUGUCUUGGGGGAUCAUUAAGGAACUGGAGAAUGAGGGCUGCUCAGCAGUCUCCUUAAAGGCAAAAGUCAUUUACUUUUGAGCCGCAAGUGUUGCAUCCUAUUCCAAGGUUGUUAAUGGGACCUAAGGGCCCAGGCCCCGUAGUUUUCUUAGCUGUGAACAUAUAUCUUGCACACGCUACUUCCUUGAGGGCUGGGUGCUGGAAAAGUGGGGGUUUUGAGGCUUUUUCGAUAUGCUUCACAAAAAGCCCUCCUUGUAAUCGCUUUGUGCCUAGGAAGGAGGAAUAUCCAAGUGGUGCUCUGAAACCAAUCUGUCCGGGCUGAUUGGUUUGGUUGGAUUUUUCUUUUCCAAGCGGGCUGGUUUUCCACCCCCACCUCUCCCCUCCCUUAGCAUUAGCUGGAAAAUGACCCUUUAGAAAAAGUCCUCUUCAAGUAGAAAGCCAAGUAUGAAGUGUUCCCCUUUGACGGCCAGCAGUCGUGAAGGUGCUGAGACAGG